AUGAACGACAGUAAAGCGUGGAGCAGUCGCAACUACAACUAUUGGAACCAACAACAACCAAAUGUGACCAGUAACAAUCCACCACAAAUGUCUUAUGUUACAGCUGCAAGUCAACAAUCUGGAAACCAAAGCAUUUUAGGAAGUACCUACGAACUGGGAUCGGUUAAUCAGGAGUCUCAGCUGCUGCAACAUCAGCAGCAGCAGCAGCAACAACAACAACUUUUCCAUAGGAUGAAUACUAACGCUCAAAAUUAUGUACCCAAUAAUAUGGGAGUGACAUCUUCAAAUACUAAUAAUGGUAACGGAGGUUAUGUCGGUGGUUCUUUGAAUCGUCAUCAUUCAACAUCUUCUCUGUCAUCCGUUGAAGGGAUGCGUGAUUCAAAUUUAAGCUCCGUUAACUCAGUGGGUAGCUCAACAAAUCCUGUAAAUUAUGGGAAUAGGCUUUCAUUUGGUUCCACAUCAGGUAUCAUUGGCUCGAAAUUCAUGCAUCAUAGUUCUAGCGAAAGCUCCAUUGGUCCUUAUUCUUUUGAGAAUAACAUAUUUAGCCCCACACAGGUUUCUACUGGUUAUUUUUCGAAUUAUGAGUAUGCUCCACGAGCCGAUACAGCAGUUUCUAAUCUGACUUUGAUUCCACCAGAUUCCACAGCAACCACCAAUACUACAAAUACUGGUUACGGGAAGAUGGCAAAUGAAGGUAGUGGGCAUAGGCAAUCACAAGAAAAGAGUCCUCAUAAUGUUCCUCUGAAGGAAAUUGAAAAGUUAAAAAUGGAAUUGGCUUUGAAAAAUCAAAUGAUUAAUAAUUUAAGUGAGAAACUUAAUCAAGUUAAGAAAACAUCUAAUUCCGUUACUCUGCUGGAUUUCAAUGGACCUAAUGCACCACAAGAGUUUUCUCAUUUGGGGAGACCUGUUACGAUUCCAGCGGAAUACACUUCAUUGUUCAAGGAGCUUACUCAACAACUCCGGGAUUGCAAGAAAGAAUUGGAAGAUACAAAACAAAGACUUGAACUGCUUGUAGUCGGAGUAACGAUGUCUCCACAAAAUGCAUCGAUCACCUGUACUGGUCAAUACGAUGAACAGGAAGUGGCUCAUAGAAUUGUUUCAAAGUUGCAAAUCUUAACUGACGAGAAUGAGAGCUUGAUCAAAAUGAUGAAUUUUGGUAGCAAAUCCAGUUUAUUGGUCGAGUUGGGUUUGUUAAGACAUGAAAACAAGAUGUUGAAGGAGAAAAUUGCAGCCAAUGCAUCCAAAUAA